GGCUGAUAUACUCAGUGUUACAUUGGACCUAGCGGGCACGUUAACUACGCGCUCGAGAACUUGGUCAAAUAUUCUGGGCGCAGAAUGCGUUGCACCUCGGUAAUUGAUUCAUUAAUGCUGAUAUCAUGUAUCGUGAGCGACUCCAUCGCUGCUGAAGCGUCAUAGACGGGGUGAACGUGGAAGAUUGGGCAAGCAAUCAACGCUUCUCUCUCGGUUCUCCGCUUGUUCUGGGCGCCCACCUCGGGUCUCGCAGUAGUGCUGGGGCAGCCCCUCCCUGCAAAUGCCUUUCUCCGACCUCCAGGAGUGGCUGCUGGGGGGCUCAGGUCAAUCCAGUAGCAGUCACCGUGGCCGCCAUGUGGAGAGGUCCGAGACGCAGGAGAUUGAGCGCAACUUAAUUGCCAUGCGCAUGCGUGGCGACAAAUGGACGCUGGACCGCGGUGCCGGCUACUAUGCCGCUGAGAGAACCCGGAAGAAGCUGUCGUACCUAGUGCAGACCGGGAAGCAUGCUGGGCGCACACGUGUGCGCUACGUGGGCGUCGGCUGGCGCUCCUUCCUGGCGCACGUGCUGCGGCGAGACUUCUUCACCACGGCCGUCAACGCCACGCUGGUCCAGCUGGUGGCGGUGCUGGUGGUGUGGUACUUCUCUAUGCUACUGGGCUGGAGCACUGUGUACUACAUCAUCUGGAACUGGAACUCCAACUGCUUCAUCGGCUUCCACGGCUUCCGCUCCGCCUUCAUGUACGCCACGGAGACACAGCAGACCAUUGGCUACGGCGAGCGCGCCACUGGCGAGUGCUGGGUGGCGGCGCUGUGUGUGUCCGUGCACUCCCUACAGGCGCUGCUGCUGGACAGCGUCAUCCUGGGCAUUGUGUUCAGCCGCAUCAGCCACCCCAAGCAGCGUGGCCGCACAGUGCUCGUCAGCGACUGCGCGUGUAUGGCGCGGAGAGACGGACAGCUCAAGUUCAUGUUCCGCCUGGCUGACAUUCAGCGCCGCUCCGUUAUCGACCCGCGAGUGCGAGUGGAGAUGUACACAUGGGGUGGAGGCCGGCGCACGGCCGAGGGCGAGCGGAUACCCGUCAUCGCGCAGGAGCUGUCGGUGAGCAUGGACCGCACGCUGCUGCUGCCUGUGGUGGUGGAGCACAACGUGGACGAGGCCUCGCCGCUGUUCGGACACACACUGCAGAGCCUGGAGGGUGUGUCUGCUGAGAUCGUGGUGACGUUCGAGGCCAGCAGUGAGCUGGGCGACACAUUCAUGGCGCGUCAGUCCUACCUGCCCAGUGAGAUACACUGGGGACACACGUUCGUCAACAUCAUCAAACCGCCGCAGCCGCCCGACACGCAGGCGGAGGUGGACCUGUCCCGCUUCCACGACGUGGAGCCGCAGCCGGGCCUGGGCGACGAGAUGACCAUGCCGCACCGCCUCAGCCGCCGGGUGGUGGCGGGCGGCAGCUCGGGUGCGGGCGCGGUGGUGCCUGGUCGGCUGCUGUGUGAGAACACCCUGGUGCUGAGCGAGGACGCGGUGGUGACAUGCCGCAACGGCCGGCCCUACCUCAUGUUCCGACUGGGAGACACAUUCCCCGGACACGUGGUGGACGUCACGGUGACCGCCACUCUGUACCGCUGGCACGCCUCCCACACUGCUGAGGGCGAGUUCCUGCCGUACGAGGAACAGGUGCUAGAGAUGGAGCCCUCACAGCUGCUGCUGCGCUACCCAGUGACCCUGACGCACGAGCUGGACCCCGCCACCAGCCCUGUGGCGCACUGGGCCACGCAAAAGGGGCUGAGGCAGGACGCGGACGCGGAGGUUGUGGUGGUGGCGCGGGGCACUCUGUACUCGCGGCAGGAGGUGGUCACCCGCUCCCGAGUGUACAGCGUGCUGGGGGACGUCAAGUGGGGCCACGCCUUCCUGCCUGUGGUGCUUCCCGGCACCAGCGCCACCUCUGGCGGAAACGUGACCUCCUCCAAGCUGGGUGCGGCAGUGGACUGGAGCCACUUCCACUCCACCUCGCCCAUCAACAUGCCGCCGGCGCCCGCAGCGCCCAGGGCCUCGCCAAAGGCCCAGUCGCCGCGCCUUAGCAGUGCAGACGGCAACUCUGCACAGCCUGGCGGCACUGGAGGCGGAGCAGGCGGCGGCUCUACCAGCGGCGCCGCACCCAGCGCCGCGAGCGCGUUCGCCUCCGACACGGCCUUUGCGUCCGCGGUGUCCACUGCAGGGGCACACGCGGCGGCACAUGCGGCGGCCAGCGUGUUUGCACCGGGUGGCCUCGGGGGCGGCACCGGCACCGGCACCACAUCUUCCUCGGGGCUCCGCGGCGGCGGCAUGUUUGCUCCUGCCUCGGGCGUGCACGGCGGCUCCCGACUGUCCGGCAUCCGCGCCUCGCACCCCGCGCCCGCCCCGCCCGUGCUGCGCCUGCCCUCCGACCUCACCGCCUCCACUGGCAACCUGGCGGGGCUGGCGGGGGCGGCUGCAGGCGGAGGGGCAGGUGGGGGCGGCAUGCAUGUGGGCACGCCCUUUCCGCACCACGCCUCCUUAGCCCUGACACUGACGCAGCUGCAUUCUCAGCGGGAGCAGCGGGAAAAGGCGCAGCAAGGAGAGGCGGCAGCAGGGAGUCACGGCCCCGCCCCAGCCGCUGCUGCCGGCGGGGUGUCGGCGCACGCCACAGCAGUGCAGCAGCUGCAGCGGGGUGUGGGCGUGGGCAUGGCGGCGGCUGCGCUGCACCGGAGUCCGUCCUCCCUGUUGCUGCAGGCGGGCGGAGCGGAGCCACCCGCGGCUGCCACCGCCUUUGCCGCGCCGGGCGCUGUGUCGUUCAUACGCAUGACAGACGAUGAGUCUCUGACGGGUCCGGGCAGUGAGGACCACCUCAGCGGCGGAUCCCCCAACUCCACUCUCGGCUCCGGGCCCGCGCCGCAGCAGCAGCCCGGGAUAGCCGUGUACGGCUCAGGCGUGAUGGGCCGCCCUGUCGCAGCCGGAGCCGGAGGAGCAGGCAGCGUGACGGGGCCGAGGGAGGGCGACCGCAAGGACGUGGACAAGACGUGGCACCAGACUCGCUCCCUGUUCGCCGCACUGGAGGGCAUCCAGGACUACCUGCAGCAGCAGGAGGCGGAGCGGCUAGCAGCGGAGGCGGCGGGGCUUACAACGGCACCAGCAUCAGAAGACGGCGCCGCGCCGUCUGGCGGCAGCGGCAACAACAGGCCUCUGCCACCGGGCGCAUUCUUUUAGUCAGCUUCAAACACAUGGUGCCCCUUCAUGAGACUUGAGCUCCUGGCGCGUUCCGCGUUCGGGAGUCUGCGGGCGAGAAGAGGAUGCGGUCAAUGCAGCAUCAAGGGUAUGACUGCUGCGCCUUUACUGUCGUGUCAUUGUUUGGGCCUUGCAUACCGUUGGUGCAUGAGGACAGCCGGCGGGCGGGCAGCCCUUAACUGACCUGGCCUUAGAUCUCGGAGAUGUACUUUGUGGCGCGGACCGCUGGCCUCAGGCGGUGGACAUGUGGUGUGCGAUGAGCCCACCGUGCCCAUAUCUACGGUGCGGGUGGCUUACUUAUCAGUACACGAGUAAAGAGCACCCGAGUGCUUGCUUGAGUUUUAUGGUGUGUGACUGGUGGCAACAUGUUGAGCCUAUUCGUCAGAGCACACGGAUCCACCACAUACAGAUCCGCCCCUUCCGGGUGUGGGUGCGGACGUGAGCAUGGGGCAACCCCUUGGUGUCCUUCACUCCUUCCUGGACUGGCGGGCGCUGUAGUACAUGGUGAUGUAGCCCACACGCACACAGCU